AUGGCUUUGAUCGGUCGCGCCAACCUGCGUACGGCGCUUCGCCUACCCACAUUCUCCUCUUCUUCCUUUGCCUCAACCUCCGUCAUUGCAUCAACCAGCAAGCUCACUUUUCGUCCCAACUCAACCGACGCCUCUGCACCAUCCUCGUCUUCCUCUUCCUCUUCUUCAUACUCUUCCUCUUCCUCUUCCUCCUCCACCGCUUCCACCUCAUCCGAAGCCGGCUCCCCCUCAGAUGGAUCUACGCCAGUCCGCUAUAGCUACUUCGUUCCUCGCGUCGGAAAAACGCUUUCGUCCUUCCCCGUCUACACCGACGUUCGCAACGGCGGGACGCGGAUCAUGACCGAAGUUCGCAAGAUUCAAGGCUCCGUCUCGGACCUGCAGACUGACCUCUCGCUGUUUCUCUCGGAAACAUACACGCGCCAAGACGCCUCGCCCUUCAACCAGGUCAACAAGAAACCGUUGAGGCCCAAACCCGGUCGCAAGCUGUUGGAUAGGACGGGCAACCCAACCUACUUGGAUCCUGUACAGAGCGCCAAAGUCCAGUCAAGUGGCAAGUUGAAGAUCCGUGGGAAUCGAGUCAACGACGUCAAGGCGUUCUUGGAGAGCAGAGGGUUCUAG